UUAAGUGUGGUAUGCUGUGAUCUGGACAGUCUUCUCCUAUUGGAGGCUCAGUAUCAAAUAUCCAAAAUGUUACUACAUGCUCAAGAAGAAAAUCUCUUAGAGAUCUCCGAGAGCCACAGGGACUUUAUAAUUGAUGGCUUAUCAGUAGAGAGAAAUCAUGUUCUUGUAAGAAUAAAUCUUAUUGGUGGGCCAUUGGAGCGGAUUUUGCCUCCAAGAAUGAUAGAUAAGGGUGACGAUUCGUAUUCUUGGCCAAUGUUUUCAUCAUAUCCUUUGCCGCACCGCUAUCUGUCAGAAGUUGCCAGAAAUGUUGAUGUAAAGCAAGACAGUGAUCUUGGCAAACUGUUAUUUUGCUUCAAAAUGUCUGAUAAACAAACUGAGUGGAUAGAAAACUGCCGAAGACAGUUUUGCAAAAUGAUGAAAGCCAAACCUGACAUAAUCAGUGGAGGUGCUUUAGUAGAAUUACUUGAAAAAUUUGUGCUUCAUCUCACUGAAAAUGCAUCUGAAUGUUACUUCCCCUCAGUGGAAUAUACAGCUACUGAUGCAAAUGUGAAGAAUGAAAGUCUUUCAUCUGUGCAGCAGCUUGGCAUUAAAAUGACUGUCAGGUAUGGUAAGUUCCUCAACUUGUUAAAAGAUGGUGCAGAAAAUGAUCUUGCCUUGGUUUUAAAACACUGUGAGAGAUUCCUGAAACAGCAGCAAUCUCCUAUAAAAUCUUCUCUCUUUUGCCUGCAAGGAAAUUAUGCUGGCUAUGAUUGGUUUGUAUCAUCUCUAUUCAUGAUAAUGUUGGGGAACAAAGAGAAAACAUUCCAGUUUCUACAACAGUUCUCCCGGCUUCUGACUUCCGCUUUCCUUUGGAUUGCAAGACUACAUAGUUCUAGAUAUCUACCUGCUGAUACCAUAGAAUCUGGUAUCCAUCCAGUGUAUUUUUGCAGUGCUCACUAUAUUGAAAUGUUACUGAAGGCUGAGGUGCCACUUGUGUUUUCAGCUUUUCACAUGUCUGGCUUUGCACCUUCACAGAUUUUCCUGCAGUGGAUAACUCAGUGUUUUUGGAAUUAUUUAGAUUGGAUAGAAAUAUGCCAUUAUAUUGCUACUUGUAUUUUCCUUGGUCCUGAUUAUCAAGUGUAUAUUUGUAUAGCUAUAUUCAAGCAUCUACAACAAGACAUCCUACAGCAUACUCAGACUCAAGAUCUGCAAGUUUUCCUAAAAGAAGAAGCGCUGCAUGGGUUCCGAGUGAGAGAUUAUUUUGAAUACAUGGAAAUUUUGGAGCAAAACUACCGACCGGUGCUGCUGAGAGACAUGAGGAACAUCAGGAUGCAGAGCACAUAGGUCAUGAAAGGCGUGUCAGUGUCACAUCUUGUUCAUUUGUAGAGGAAACAAGGGGACUUGAUUAUUUUCA